UGCUCCCACUCCAGCCUGGCCUGGACGUGGGUUUGGGGCGGUUCUGCUCCCCAAGCCUCCUCCUCCCUAUGCUCCCCCUCGUCCCCUUCGUCCCCCUCCUCCCCCUCCUUCUCCAGGCGGGGGCGCCUCCACUCUGAGCUCGGGCAGUGCUCUGAGCUGACCACCCGGCCUGGGGGGGGUCAGCGGCCACAGGCAGGAGCCAACCACACGGAGAGGAGAGGUUCUCUGAGGAGCGUCAGCAGCAGGUUGGGGUGCAGGAGGCCUGGGAGCCGAGAGCAGAGCGGGAAGAAGCUGAGCCCCCCAAGCCCAGACAUGGCAGGAAACUGCUCCUGGGAGACCCAGCCCACCAGCAAGAGCAAGGUGCAGCAGCUGUGCCCGGGCGCACCCCCCGAGCUGUGCGGCCGCGGCUUCCUGAGCAUGGAGCAGCUGAGCCCGGGCCCGCCGCCCGCCCCGGCGCUGUACGCGGCGCUGCUGCUGGGCCUGCUGGGCCUGCUGGGCAACGCUCUGGUGCUGCGGGUGCUGGGCUGCGGGGCGCGGCGCGGGCCCUUUGCCGUGUACCUGCUGCACCUGGCGGGCGCCGACGCCACCUUCCUGCUGAGCCGGGCGCUGGCCGCCGCGCUGAGCGCCGGGCCCGUGGGGGGCGCCCCGGCCGCCUACCUGGGGGCGCUGUGCCGCCUGGCCGGGCUGUGCGGGCUGCUGGCGGGUGUGGGGCUGCUGCCCGCGCUGAGCGCCGAGCGCCUGGCCUGCGUGCUGUGGCCCGGCUGGUUCUGGCGCCGGCGGCCCGCACAUCUGGCGGCCGUGGCGUGCGGCCUGCUCUGGGCGCUGGCGCUGCUGGCCACCGGCCUGCACCACUACUUCUGCGCCUUCCUGGGCCCGGCGGGCGCGGCGGCCUGCGGCCGGGCGGACGCGGGGCUGGGCGUGCUGCUCUUCCUGGUGUGCUGCCCGCUCAUGGUGCUGCCCUGCCUGGCGCUGGUGCUGCUCGCCGAGUGCCGGGCCCCCCGCCGCCGGCCCUCGGCCAAGCUCACGCACGUGGUGCUGGCGCUGGUGGCCGUGUUCCUGGUGUCGUCCAUCUACCUGGGCGUCGACUGCUUCCUCUUCUGGGUCUUCCACAUCCCAGCGCCCUUCCCCGAGUACGUCACCGACCUCUGCCUGAGCCUCAACGCCGGCGCCAAGCCCGUGGUCUACUUUCUGGCCGGCCGCGACCGCUCGCAGCGGCUGUGGGAGCCCUUUCGGGUGGUGCUGCAGCGGGCCCUGCGCGACGGCGGGGAGCCCGGAGAGCCGGGGGAGGCCCUGGAGAUGCAGGCUCCCCGCGGGAACUCGGCCUGACGGGCGGGCGGCACCACUCGGACCCUGGGCCGGGCCGGGCCGGGCUGGGGGGCAGGAGCCAGACGGCCCCCUGUGCCAUGGACUCGUGUCUGGGUUGUGGGCUCCGGGAUGGCUGGGACACUGAGUGGCCGCCGGUGGCCAGGAGACUAGCAACCACACCCGCACACUGCUCUCUCCUCAGUCGGCGGGGACCAUCUCCAGGCCCGGGUGGUGGGGGGACAGGAGGACACCCCCGGGCCCCACCCUGUCCACCUCCCGGCUCCUUGCUCAGCCCUCCUGAGACGGACACGGCCGAUGCCACGUCCCCUUUCGGCCCAGCAGCCGUCCCGGCUGCCCUGGUGCUCCGUGGGAAAGGCUUGGUCGGCGUGGGGCCUGGAGCCCUGCAACAGUGCCCCGUCCCCUCGGUUAAGCUCUGCUGACUUGGGGGAGGGCGUUGUGCUCUGGAGGGAGCAGCUGGAAGGCCCUUCCCGAGAGCUGGGGGGGGGCACUGCCCUUGUGCCCCCUGAUCCAAGCCGACGGGGCCCCUGAGUUCUGAGUGUCUGUCCCAGCCCCCCCCCCCCACCAUCUCUGGGCUCCCCCGCCC